GGACCAAAACAGAGCACCAGACCAAAGACCUCUGACUGUGGUCAGAAUGGCUGCUGUGAAGUCUGAGGACCAGUUCCUCUGCUCCAUCUGUCUGGACCUGUUCACUGAGCCAGUGACCACACCAUGUGGACACAACUUCUGCAAACUCUGCCUCUCUCAGCACUGGGACACCAGCGCCCCCUGCAGGUGCCCCCUGUGUAAAGAGCUGUUCCGCAUAAAGCCAGAGCUCAAAGUGAACACACUGCUCUCCGAGAUGCUUUCUCAGGUCAAACAGGAAACAGGAAGUAGUUGUGAACAAGAGUCCAGAGCAGGAGAAGUGUCCUGUGAUUACUGCACCGGUCCCAAACUGAAGGCACUGAAGUCCUGCCUGGUCUGUCUGUCCUCAUACUGUGAGACGCACCUCCAACCUCAUCUGAGUGUGCCCGGGCUGAAGAGUCACCAGCUGAUCCAGCCUGUGUACAACAUGGAGGAGAGGAUGUGUCCACAACACCACAGACCUCUGGAGCUCUUCUGCUGCAACGACCAGACUUGUGUCUGCAUCAUGUGCUCUGUUUUAGAGCACCAGUGCCAUAAGUUUGUGUAUCUGAAGGAAGAGUUCCACCGCAGAAAGGCCGCACUGCAGCAGACUCAGGAGCAGAGCUUGGACAUGGUGGAGCAGAGAAGGCUGAAGAUCCAGAAGCUCCAGAGCUCAGUGGAGCAGAGUCAGACAGCAGCCCACACAGAGAUGGCCACAGGGCUGGAGGCCUUCAACGCUCUGAUAGAGUGUGUUCAGAGGAGCAGAGAGGCCUUCAUACAGAAGCUCCAGGAGAGGCAGAGGCACACCCAGAAACAGGCUGAAGCCCUGAUCCUACAGCUACAGCAGGAGAUCUGUGCUCUGCAGCAGAGAAGCACUGAGGCAGAAACACUUCAACGCUCUGAAGACCACCUGCACUUCCUCCUGCACUGCACUACACUCACGCCCCCUACUGGACUGAAGGACUGGAGUAAAGUGACACUGGAGACAGAGACGUAUGAGGGCACUGCAGGACGGGCUCUAGCUGAGCUGGAGCAGAAACUCAUUCCAGAAAUAAUGAAAGUGUUUAAGGGCGAACUGAGGAGAGUGAGACAGUUUGCUGUGGACCUCACUCUGGACCCAGACACAGCUCAUGUUAAUCUGUUUGUGUCUGAUGAUCUGAAGCAGGUUCAAUACACGGAUGUUAUGAUCUUCAUAGACAGUCCUAGGAGAUUUUCAUGGAAAAAUAUUUUAACACAGCAGAGUUUUUCUUCAGAAAAGUUCUACUUUGAGGUUCAAGUCAAAGGAAAGACUUCAUGGACUUUAGGAGUGGCCAAAGAGUCUGUUCAAAGAAAGAACACUGAACAAACUCUGACCAGUAACUAUGGUUACUGGUGCCUCUAUAUGAAAAACAUAGGUGAGUUUGAGGCUUGUUCUGAACCUGCAGUCCGUCUGUCCCUGAAGUGUCCUCCUCAGAAGGUUGGGGUGUUUGUGGACUAUGAUGAGGGUCUAGUCUCUUUUUAUGACGCUGAUUCUGCAGAUCUCAUCUACUCCUUCAGCGGCUGCAGCUUCCGGGAGAAGCUGUUUCCAUUUCUAAAUCCUUGUUAUAACUAUGAGGGUAUAAACGCUGCUCCUCUGGUCCUUACUGUUGUUAAAAAUUGCCAUGAUCCUCUGCCUCUGAACCACAGAGGAAUCCACGUCAUCAGAGCUUCACCAAGUGGUGUUCCUAUUCCCCCAGAGCCCUCACGUCCUCUGCACCUCGACUCCUUCAUUUGGCUCAUUUACCAAGGAUGCACCUGUGGAUCGGUCAGAAUGGCUGCUGUGAGGUCUGAGGACCAGUUCCUCUGCUCCAUCUGUCUGGACCUGUUCACUGAGCCAGUGACCACACCAUGUGGACACAACUUCUGCAAACUCUGCCUCUCUCAGCACUGGGACACCAGUGCCCCCUGCAGGUGCCCCCUGUGUAAAGAGCUGUUCCACAUAAAGCCAGAGCUCAAAGUGAACACACUGCUUUCAGAAGUGGUCUCUCAGUUCAAACAGGAAACAGGAAGUAGCUGUGAACAAGAGCCCAGAGCAGGAGAAGUGUCCUGUGAUUACUGCACCAGUCCCAAACUGAAGGCGCUGAAGUCCUGCCUGGUCUGUCUGUCCUCAUACUGUGAGACGCACCUCCAGCCUCAUCUGAGUGUGCCCGGGCUGAAGAGUCACCAGUUGAUCCAGCCUGUGUACAACAUGGAGGAGAGGAUGUGUCCACAACACCACAGACCUCUGGAGCUCUUCUGCUGCAACGACCAGACUUGUGUCUGCACCAUGUGCUCUGUUUUAGAGCACCAGUCUCAUAAGUUUGUGUCUCUAAAGGAAGAAUUUGAUCGGAGAAAGGCCUCACUGCAGCAGACUCAGGAGCAGAGCUUGGACAUGGUGGAGCAGAGAAGGCUGAAGAUCCAGAAGCUCCAGAGCUCAGUGGAGCAGAGUCAGACAGCAUCCCACACAGAGAUGGCCACAGGGCUGGAGGCCUUCAACGCUCUGAUAGAGUGUGUUCAGAGGAGCAGAGAGGCCUUCAUACAGAAGCUCCAGGAGAGGCAGAGGCACACCCAGAAACAGGCUGAAGCCCUGAUCCUACAGCUACAGCAGGAGAUCUGUGCUCUGCAGCAGAGAAGCACUGAGGCAGAGACACUUCAACGCUCUGAAGACCACCUGCACUUCCUCCUGUACUGCACUACACUCACGCCCCCUACUGGACUGAAGGACUGGAGCAAAGUGACACUGGAGACAGAGACGUAUGAGGGCACUGCAGGACGGGCUCUAGCUGAGCUGGAGGACAGUCUGAAGGAGACACUAAAAGACAUCAUGUCUGAAGAAAAAAUGAAGAUGAUUAAGGCUGAACUGAGGAGAAUGAAACAGUUUGCUGUGGACCUCACUCUGGACCCAGACACAGCUCAUGUUAAACUGUUUGUGUCUGAUGAUCUGAAGCAGGUUCAACACACAGAUCAGAAGAACUUCACAGAUGGUCCUCAGAGAUUUGCUUGGUGCAAUGUUUUAACAAAGCAGAGUUUUUCUUCAGGCAGGUUCUACUUUGAGGUUCAAGUCAAAGGAAAGACUUCAUGGACUUUAGGAGUGGCCAAAGAGUCUGUAGAGAGAAAGGACAUAAAGGCUCUGACAAGUAACUAUGGUUACUGGUGCCUCUAUAUGAAAAACAUAGGUAAGUUUGAGGCUUGUUCAGACCCUGCAAUCCUUCUGUCUCUGAAGUGUCCUCCUCAGAAGGUGGGGGUGUUUGUGGACUAUAACGAGGGUCUGGUCUCCUUUUAUGAUGCUGAUUCUGCAGAUCUCAUCUACUCCUUCAGUGGCUACAGCUUCAGCGAGAAACUGUUUCCAUUUUUUAAUCCUUGUAAUAAUAAUAGUGGUGAAAACUCCACUCCUUUGGUCCUUACUGCAGUGGAGAAGGUCAGAAUGGCUGCUGCUGUGAAGUCUGAGGACCAGUUCCUCUGCUCCAUCUGUCUGGACCUGUUCACUGAGCCAGUGACCACACCAUGUGGACACAACUUCUGCAAACUCUGCCUCUCUCAGCACUGGGACACCAGCGCCCCCUGCAGGUGCCCCCUGUGUAAAGAGCUGUUCCACAUAAAGCCAGAGCUCAAAGUGAACACUCUGUUCUCAGAGCUGCUCUCUCAGUUCAAACAGGAAACAGGAAGUAGCUGUGAACAAGAGCCCAGAGCAGGAGAAGUGUCCUGUGAUUACUGCACCAGUCCCAAACUGAAGGCACUGAAGUCUUGCCUGGUCUGUCUGUCCUCAUACUGUGAGACGCACCUCCAGCCUCAUCUGAGCAUGUCCAGACUGAAGAGUCACCAGCUGAUCCAGCCUGUGGACAACAUGGAGGAGAGGAUGUGUCCACAACACCACAGACCUUUGGAGCUCUUCUGCUGCAACGACCACACUUGUGUCUGCAUCAUGUGCUCUGUUUUAGAGCACCAGUGCCAUAAGUUUGUGUAUCUGAAGGAAGAGUUCCACCGCAGAAAGGCCGCACUGCAGCAGACUCAGGAGCAGAGCUUGGACAUGGUGGAGCAGAGAAGGCUGAAGAUCCAGAAGCUCCAGAGCUCAGUGGAGCAGAGUCAGACAGCAGCCCACACAGAGAUGGCUACAGGGCUGGAGGCCUUCAACGCUCUGAUAGAGUGUGUUCAGAGGAGCAGAGAGGCCUUCAUACAGAAGCUCCAGGAGAGGCAGAGGCACACCCAGAAACAGGCUGAAGCCCUGAUCCUACAGCUACAGCAGGAGAUCUGUGCUCUGCAGCAGAGAAGCACUGAGGCAGAAACACUUCAACACUCUGAAGACCACCUGCACUUCCUCCUGCACUGCACUACACUCACGCCCCCUACUGGUCUGAAGGACUGGAGCAAAGUGACACUGGAGACAGAGACAUAUGAGGGGACUGCAGGACGGGCUCUGGUUGAGCUGGAGGACAGUCUGAAGGAGACACUAAAGGACAUCAUGUCUGAAGAAAAAAUUAAUAUGAUUAAGGCUGAACUGAGGAGAGUGAGACAGUUUGCUGUGGGCCUCACUCUGGACCCAGACACAGCUCAAGUGAAUCUGUCUGUGUCUGAUGAUCUGAAGCAGGUUCAUCUCACAUAUCUGAGGAACUUUACAGAUAGUCCUCUGAGAUUUACUUGGUGGACUGUUUUAACCAAGCAGAAUUUCUCUUCAGGCACGUUCUACUUCAAGGUUCAAGUCAAAGAUAAGACUUCAUGGUAUUUAGGAGUGGCCAAACAGUCUGUGAACAGAAAGAACACGAAUGCUCUGACCAGUAACUAUGGAUACUGGUGCCUCUAUAUGAAAAACAUAGGUGAGUUUGAGGCUUGUUCUGACCCUGCAGUCCUUCUGUCCCUGAAGUGUCCUCCUCAGAAUGUGGGGGUGUUUGUGGACUAUGAUGAGGGUCUAGUCUCUUUUUAUGACGCUGAUUCUGCAGAUCUCAUCUACUCCUUCACCGAUUGCAGCUUCAGCGAGAAACUGUUUCCAUUUUUAAAUGUUUGUAAUAAUUUUCAUGGUAACUCUGCUCCGCUGGUCCUUACUGCAGUGGAGAAGUGACAGCAGCAUUCAUAA